CCGCCCCGGCACGGCCCGGCACGGCCCGGCACGGCACGGCACGGCUCGCCGCGCAGCGACCAGGUGCAAUGCUGACCCGGCCUCCACGUGUCCCGGCCCCGCGUGGCGCUGAGCGCCAUCGAUAACCCCGUGCUGGUGGCAGCAUGGGGCUGUUGUGCCGCACGCGCCUCUUGCUCGCCCUCGCCCUGGCCCCGCUGCUUGCCGACGCCUGGCAGUGCCCCCACAUCCCCUACAGCUCCACCAGGAACUUCUCCGUCCCCUACACGCUGCCCAGCUUCGAUGCUGGCGGCCCCGUGCAGAACGUCGCUGUCUUCGCCGACCCGGCCACCAUUUUCGUGGCCGUCCGCAACCGCAUCUUGGUGGCCGGCCCCGAGCUGCGCCUCCGCUCCGUCCUCGUCACCGGCCCCACAGGCAGCGCUGAGUGCGAGAUCUGCCGCCUGUGCCCAGCCGCCGUGGGCAGCCCUGGCCCCGAGGACGUGGACAACAUCCUGCUGCUGCUGGACCCGCAGGAGCCGUGGCUGUACAGCUGCGGCACCGCACGGCACGGGCUCUGCUACCAGCACCAGCUGGAGGUGCGUGGCAGCGAGGUCACCAUCGUGGCCACCCACUGCCUGUACUCUGCCACAGGCAACAGCCCUGCGUCUUGCCCCGACUGCGUGGCCAGCCCCUUGGGGACCAGCGGCACCGUGGUGGCCGACCCCUACUCUUCCUUCUUCUACCUCGGCUCCACCAUCAACAGCAGCGUGGCGGCGCGCUACAGCCCGCAGUCGGUGUCGGUCCGCAGGCUGAAGGGCACGCUGGACGGCUUCGCGGACACCUUCCAGUGGCUGACGGUGCUGCCGCCCUACCAGGACGCCUACCCCAUCCACUAUGUGCACUCCUUCACUGACGGCGAGCACGUCUACUUCCUGAUGGUGCAGCCUGAGUGUCCCGGCUCGGCGUCGUACCACACGCGCCUGGCGCGGCUCAGCACCAGCGAGCACGACCUGCGCCGCUACCGCGAGCUGGUCCUCGACUGCCGCUUUGAGUCCAAGCGGCGCCGGCGCAGUGCCGAGGAGGACACCGAGCGCGACGUGGCCUACAACGUGCUGCAGGCCGCCCACGCCACCCGCCCCGGUGAGCGCCUGGCCCGUGACCUCGGCAUCGACAGCUCCGAGAUGGUUUUGUUCGGCGCCUUCGCUGAGAGCCAGCCGGAGAGCCCGGCGCCGCAGGACAACUCGGCCGUCUGCGCCUUCCCCCUGCGCCUGCUCAACCAGGCCAUCGAGGAGGGGAUGGACAAGUGCUGCGGCACCGGUGUGCAGACGCUGAGGCGGGGGCUCGGCUUCUUCCAGCCGCAGGAGUACUGUCCGCACAACGUGAACCUCUCGGCACCGGUGACCGACACCAGCUGCUGGGACCAGCCCACCCUUGUCCCCGCCACCUCCCACAAGGUGGACUUGUUCAACGGGCGCCUGGCCGGCAUCCUCCUCACCUCCAUCUUCGUCUCCGUCCUCGAGAACGUCACCGUGGCCCACCUGGGCACGGCGCAGGGACGCAUCCUGCAGAUGGUGCUGCAGCGCUCCAGCUCCUAUGUCGUCGCCUUGGCCAACUUCUCGCUGGAGGAGCCGGCGCCGCUGCGGCACGCGGUGAGGCUGCAGGAGGACUCGCUGCUCUUCGCCGCUGCCACCAAGGUGUGGCGCGUGAAUGUCACCGGCCCGGGCUGCCGCCACUUCUUGACGUGCGACCGCUGCCUGCGUGCCGAGCGCUUCAUGGGCUGUGGCUGGUGUGGGGAUGGGUGCGCACGGAGCCACGAGUGUAACGGCACCUGGGUCCGGGACAGCUGCCCGCCCGUCCUCACCAAUUUCCACCCCAGGAGCGCACCGCUGCGGGGCCGGACGAGGGUGACGCUCUGCGGCACGACCUUCCGCUCCCUGCCGGACCCCGCUGCCCACCGCCGCCCCCUCAGCUCCUACCGGGUGGCAGUGGGAGGGCGAAGCUGCGCCGUGCUGCUGAACGAGAGCUGGGUCUACAGGCCGCUGCCCGCCUCCCGCCUCAAGGACUUCGUGGACGUGCUGGUGUGUGCCCUGGAGCCUGGGGGGCCGGCGGUGGUGGGGCCGGCCGACGUGGUGCUCAGCGUGAUGGAGCCCCCCAGGGCCUCAGGCUUCAGUGUCCAGGGCUCUGCCACCCUCGGCGGCUUCAUCUUCGUGGAGCCCCAGGUCAGCACCCUGCACCCCAGCUUCGGUCCCCAGGGCGGUGGCACCCUCCUGUCCCUCUGUGGCACCCACCUCUUGGCGGGGAGCAGCUGGGAAGUGACGGUCAACGGCUCCAAGUGUCCUCUGGCUGUGCAGCCCAGCCAGGGCGACGAGGAGAUUCGAUGCACGGCUCCCGCUGCCGCCCACCUGGGCGCAGCCUCUGUAGCCCUGUGGAUUGAUGGGGAGGAGUUCCCAGCCCCGCUGCCCUUCCAGUACCGCCCCGACCCCUCCGUCUGGGGCAUCAUCCCCAACUGCAGCUACGGGGGCUCAAUGCUCACCCUCAUCGGCUCCCACCUGGACUCGAUGUAUCGCACCAAGAUCCUCUUUGAGGCUGGUGGCGUGAAGACCGAAACCACGGAGUGCGAGGGCCCGCAGCUGCCCGAACGGCUGCUGUGCCGCAGCCCAGCUUUCCCCUUCGAGACCCAGCUGGAGACGGUGCUUGGGAACCUGAGCGUGCUGCUGGACGGCGCUGCUGGCCGCCGGCUCUUCCGCCUGCGCUACUUCCCCCUGCCCCACGUCUUCCCCUUCGAGCAGCAGGGCCAGCGCCGGCAGUACCGCCUCAAACCUGGUGAUGAUGAGGUCGAGGUGCAUCAACGGGGGCUGGACGCCGUGGCCGGCUGCAUGAACAUCACCAUGACAGUGGAGGGCCAGGACUGCCACCCCAACGUGCUGAAGAACAAGGUGAUGUGCCACGUGCCCCACAACCUACGCGUGCCCCCGGAUGGGGCCUGUGUGCAGAUCUGCGUGAAUGGCGACUGCCAGGAGCUGGGCCGGGUGCUGGCCACCUCCUCGCUGGACCUGGCCGCCAGCCUGGCCCUGGGCACCGGUGUCACCUUCCUGGUCUGCUGCAUCCUGGCUGCUGUGCUGCUCCGCUGGCACUGGAGGAAGAGGAGGGGGACGGAGAACCUGGAGCUGCUGGUGCACCCCGGCCGGAGCAAUGCCCCUGCCACCACCCAGCACUUCGGUGUUGACUACCGGGACGUGUGGGCACUGCCCGCUGCAGGCAGCCCCGUCCUGGCCAGGCCCCGUGCGCACGUUGCCACUGCUGCGGGCGGCGGCUCCCCGGUGCCCCUGCUCAGGUCCACGUCCUGCUGCCUGGAGGACCUGCGGCCGGAGCUGCUGGAGGAGGUGAAGGACAUCCUCAUCCCCGAGGAGCGGCUCGUCACCCACUGCCACCGGGUCAUCGGCAAAGGGCACUUCGGGAGCGUGUACCACGGCACCUACACGGACCCGCUGCUGGGUGCCCUGCACUGCGCCAUCAAGUCCCUGCACCGUAUCACGGACGUGGAGGAGGUGGAGGAGUUCCUGCGUGAGGGCAUCCUGAUGAAGAGCUUCCACCACCCGCACGUGCUCUCGCUGCUGGGGGUCUGCCUGCCCCGCCACGGGCUGCCCCUCGUCGUCCUGCCCUACAUGCGCCACGGGGACCUGCGGCACUUCAUCCGCACCCAGGAGCGGGUAUGGGGGUGCCCGGGGCGUGGGGGGGGGGAGGAUGAGCUCACCUCGCUCACUGCUCCUACCCCACAGAGCCCCACGGUGAAGGAUCUCAUCAGCUUCGGGCUCCAGGUGGCCCUGGGCAUGGAGUACCUGGCCCAGAAAAAGUUUGUGCACCGGGACCUGGCGGCCAGGAACUGCAUGCUGGAUGAGAUGCUGACGGUGAAGGUGGCUGACUUCGGGCUGGCGCGGGAUGUGUUCGGCAAGGAGUACUACAGCAUCCAGCAGCACCGGCACGCCAAGUUGCCCGUCAAGUGGAUGGCGCUGGAGAGCCUGCAGACCCAAAAAUUCACCACCAAGUCGGACGUGUGGUCCUUCGGGGUGCUCAUGUGGGAGCUGCUGACGCGGGGCGCGUCGCCGUACGCCGAGGUGGAUCCCUACGACAUGGCCCGCUACCUGCUGCAGGGGAGGCGCCUGCCGCAGCCCCAGCCCUGCCCCGACGCACUGUACGGGGUGAUGCUGAGCUGCUGGGCGCCCGCACCCGAGGAGAGGCCGUCCUUCUCAGGGCUGGUGGGCGAGCUGGAACGCGUGCUGGCCUCGCUGGAGGGCGAGCGCUACGUCAACCUGGCCGUCACCUACGUCAACCUGGAGAGCGGCCCCCUUUACCCCCCCACCCCCUGGGGCCAGCUGCCUGACAGCGAGGAUGAGGAGGGUGCUGAAGAUGAGGACAAGGACGUGGCCGUGUGCUGAUGGACGCUCCGCUCGGUGGGGUCUCCUGGGUCCCUGCACCCUGUAGGAGCACGCCCCCAGGGAGGGACGUGGGGCGCAGCUGGGUGCCGUGCGGCACCCUGCCCGCGGGGUGGGUGCUGGGGCGCUGGGUGCUGCUCUCCUGUGCCUCGACGGGACCCCCGUGGUGUCCCUCAGACCCAGUCUGGUGCCAUCUCGGUGCUGCGGGCCCUGUGCUCAGCACCAGCGAGUGCUAUGGGGCAGCCUGAGCCAAUGAGGUGUCCCAAGGGGUUUUGGUCCCCCCCCCGGAGAAAUUCAGCGUUUUCUGGUUGAAUGACUGAUAAAAAAAUGAAUUUUA